GGAUAGACAUUCUGUCACUGCGCUGCACAGUCUGGGAGCGGCGGGGAAGUGGGGGACAUGCUGGGGCUUGGAACAGGGGGGGCAGCCAAGUCCCCCAAGCAGCCAUCGUUUGUGUCCUACCUGACUCCUGAGGAAAUAGAUGUAAAGGAAAAGGAGCCCUCUGCGGAGAAGGUGGACAAUGUUCCAUUGUUGCCAGGAGAAUUUGUGCUGUGUGAAGCCAACACGGUGCUUAAAUGCACGCAGGACGAGGGGUCGCAGAGAGGCGUCUAUGGAAGGCUCAUCUGUACUAACUUCAGGAUCACAUUCCUUGGAGAUGAACCCCCAGAUGACACUAUUCCAGAAUUCAAGAACAAGAUAUUUGGCGAAAAUGACAUAACACUUCAGUGUGUGGACCAAUUAUAUGGAGUAUAUGAUGAUAAAAAGAAAGCUAUUCUGUCCGGGCAAGGUUUGAAGAAAUACCCAGAACGGCUCAUCGUCUAUUGCAAGGACUUCCGUGUGUUUCAUUUCUGCCUCAGCUACACUAAACAAGAGGAAGUCAAGAGGAUUGUGAGCGGUAUAAUUCAUCAUACUCAGAGCCCUAAGCUACUGAAACGGCUGUUCCUUUUUUCAUACGCAGCAGCCGUCCCACGAUACAAAGUAACUUCCUUUAUGGAAAAGACGUUGAUGUUUGAGACCGUGAAGGACUGGAUGGCAGAGCUAGAGCGGACUAAAGGCAACUUGCAUUACAAAGUACUGACUGCCAAUGAGGGCUACAAAGUAUCGGAAAGAUUGCCGCAGUAUUUUGUCGUUCCAAUGUCGCUGCCUGAAGACACUCUGACUGAUUUCCAGGGGCGGGGAGUUCCUAUCUGGUGCUGGUCUUGUCCCAAUGGAUCUGCUCUUUUAAAAAUGGCUUCUCUUCCAAAAGAUGUGGAUGACGUUGCUUUGCAGCAUCAAAGAACAUUUUUGGAUCGCGUGGAAAAGACCCUUCACCGACCUCCUUAUGAGGAAGUGAGAAUUGAAGACCUAACUGCCAGCUUGCCGUCAUUAUCAGAAGUGCAGGUUGCCUACUGCCGCUUUAAGCAGCUCUUUCUGAUCGAAAAUUCAACAGACUUUUGGGACACUGAUUUAAAAUGGUUCUCCUCACUGGACACCUCAAACUGGAUGGAAAUUAUAAGGCAAUGCCUUAGGAAAGCGGUUGAAGUAAUUGAAUACUUGGAGACCCAUAAAAUAAAUGUGGUUCUAAAAGAAGACACUGCUUCUGACUUCUGCUGUAUCAUCUCAAGCCUUGUUCAGAUCAUGAUGGAUCCGUACUGCCGCACCAAGAUUGGCUUCCAGAGCCUCGUUCAGAAGGAGUGGGUUAUGGGAGGUCACUGCUUUUUGGACAGGUGCAACCAUCUGCGGAAAAAUGAAAAUGAGGCUCCUGUUUUCCUGCUAUUUUUGGACUGUGUGUGGCAGCUUGUUCAGCAGUACCCUCUUGCCUUUGAGUUUACAGAGACCUAUCUCACCGUGUUGUCAGACAGUAUCAAUAUCCCAAUUUUCAGUACCUUUUUCUUCAACUCUCCAUGGCAAAAGGACACACACAGCGUGGUAGAAGGAAGACAGGGGAAACAAGGAGAGUCUUUGAGAUUUUACACCGUCUGGGACUGGUCCGUGCAAUUUGAACCAAAGGCUAUUUCAUUUUUAAAUAACCCUCUGUACGUGGAGAAGGCCAAGCUGGAGAAAAUCUCUCGCAAAGCUGCACGAACCAAGCACCAGAGGCAGCUGUCCCUGCCGCUUACGCAGUCAAAGACUCCCAACAAGAGAGGGUUCUUUAAAGACGAGACCGGACCAUUUAUAAAGACUCUGCUCGGCAAAAGAAUCAGCAAGUUAAUAAGUGCCUUAGACGACGUGCCAAACAACGGGUGGGCAUUUUAUGAGAGCUGGCACAGGAAACCCGUGGACUUCCAUGGGCUCAUCCUUCCACACCUCGAGGGGCCUGACAUUCGAAUUUGGGCCCAGCGCCUUCUGCGUUGGAUUCCAGAGGCCCAGGUUCUGGGUGGAGGAAAUGUGGCCACCAUGCAGAAGAUUUUGGAAGUGACGGAUGAAUUAAAAUGCCUGAAGAAGAAGCUAGAAAAUAACCCCACCUUACCUCAGUAUCCCUCAAAAGAAAACGAGACUGACGCAAGGCGUAAAAAAUCAGUGAGGCGCUCGUCGCUGUACCCGUUCGCCAUGCUGCACGUCAGUUCAUUUAGACCGGCCAUUUCCACCACUUCGUGGCGUAGCUGGGAGCCAGAGGAUGAUAUUGUAAACAGGGAAGAUGAAUUCAUUGACUUGGGCAAUAUAUAAUCUUGGGCUCCGUAGAAUCACUGAUAGGCAGGUAUCUGUGCGCACUGCUGGCAGAACUGUAAUUUAUGUACAUGGGCAUACGGCACUGGCUUUUAGCAACGGUUUUAAAUUGAAAUACCCAACGUUCUGUUUACAAAGCAAGGAAACAAGAUAUUUAUUCACUUCAGAAUAGUAUUUAGAGCAUAAUCUACAGAGCUUUCUUGUAGAAAGGAACAAAAUACGAUAACGGAUAAGAGUUGCCAUAUAGAUUGUUGGGGCCCAUAUACGCACACACCUAGUCAUGGCUGCUGUCACGCCCAGAUCCCACCCUUUUCUCAGCAGUCAGCAUCCCUAACAGAUCUGCAUUCCCUCCCCUAAUAGUGGCAUUGCCUUACUUACUGUACUUCUACAUUCAAUCUGAGCAGUAUUUAGCACCAAAGAAUUCUAUGGUUGUCAAUUGACAGGUGACAAGUACUUGUGUUUGUACAAUUGUCCCCAAAACCCACCCAGGAAGUUACUAAAGGGGUGCAGAAUUUGUUCUUAUCUAUAGCAAUCUAGUCUGUUCUGGUCUGCUCUUGAAGAGCACACACCUGGUUGGUUGCUAUGGGUUACUAGACUUCUGUGCCCAUUUAAUGUGGACUCUAGUUAUACCCAGAAGGAGUUUUAAAAGUUGCUAAAAGUUGAUUUUAAUUAUUGGGGAGCAAGAAAUGCAUCUUCUGAACAUUACCAAGCAGUCUGAGGGUAGGUUAUAAAGGGCACUUGCUCUGAGUCUUACGGGGGGAAUGUGGAAAUUAUAUUUUUUAAUUAUUAGUAUACAAGACCAACUUUAUUCUGGAAAUUUACCUUAAAAUUUACAUUUAAGGGGAUAUAGACAGUGGCACCCUAAAACUAUUUGCAGCUGAUCAUAUUUUAAUUACAUACUAUAAUAACAUACGGCAAGUCUCCACGGCCUUAGGCUGAUGUUGCUCUGCUAUCGUGGGCUAACUGCUCCGAAAUACCUUUCCACCAGCAUCAAUAGGAGUCACCGGUGGAAAGGCCAUCGCUUCGGUAUUCUGAAGUCACGUGAAGUUUCCUGCUACAAGCUAUGCGAAGACCUAUUCUUGCUGAUGGAAAGGCAUUUUAGAGCAGUUAGUCGUCAGCGAUAGCAGAGUUCUUUUGUGCGCGACUGAACCACUCUGUUGGACAUCAGCCUAAAGGUGCAGCCCUCUGUUCAACAAUAACUUACCUUACCCUUCCAGUGCAGCCCUCCUCUUUAUCACAUAUAGGGGAUCAUAUUCUCUGUGAAUUGUCCUGGGUUGCAGGGUGCUGGCAUGUAUGUACCCUAAAUACCUGGCACUACAGGUUGGUGCCCUGCCCAUGUCCUACACUUUCCCAUAGAGAGUUAUUCUGGAGGAACCCAGAAGCCAUGCUUAAAAGAAGGUUUAAUAACGUAGGAUACAGAAGGCUUCUGGUCAUUAGAAGCUAUGUACAGGCCCCGACUAGCAAUCUGUAGGGUCUGGCAAAUGCCAGAGGGGCUGCUGUUAGAUGCCAUAGACAAUCACUAUUUAAUUGACCUGUGGGGGGCUGUGUAGGCCUCUGUGUACCUGAAGUGCCGGGGCCUAUUUAUGAAUCCCAGUCUGGGUCUAGCCAUAUGAAGAUCCUUCUCACACAUGGCUCCUAUUGUGUUUAUAAUGCGCAUGAUUAUGAUGUGCAUAAUUAGCAUGAGGCCACACCCCCCAGCUUCUUGUAACUACUAGAAGACGGGGGCGUGGCCUCAUGCUAAUUAGAAGCAUGGAAGGCUGAAUGGGGCCAAAAAUGGUACGCUCCAUGCCAGGGAAAACUCUCAGGGUUUCCUUAAGUCAGUGCCAGCAUUGGCAUUUCUCUGUUCUAACAGAUUCUGCUGGAAAUGUUGAGACUAUUGUAGUCUUUUAAUUUGUCUUCAAUUUUAUUUCAUGUUUGAUGCUCCUUGCUGAACCCUGUGCAUGCGUUACAUAUUCAAGGGUUUAACCCCACUUUGGAAUGGCACACGUCCAGGCAAUCAGAUCUGCCAUGAUCAUCUGGGGGCCCUAUAGUGUGUUUGACUUGACUAGAUAUAUACCCAUAUAUGUAAUAAAAGGAACUAAGUUUGUCCAGGUGCAGUUACCCAUAGCAGCCAAUCAGCAGGUAGCAUUAAUUGGUCACCUGUUUAAAAGCAAACACCUUAUUCUUUGCUAUGGGUUACUGCUCUUGGGCAAACUUAGUGUCUUUUAUUACAUAUGGGGGAUAGAAUAUAGAAUAGUUUGCCAUUGUUUCUGCUGUAGGGAGCAGUGUUACCCCCUUUCAGAACCAUUGUCUGGGGUUUCCCACAGCCCCAGUAGCCCCCCCCCCCCCAUCUUCUUUUCUGCCGAUUCACUGCAUAUGCUCU